UGCAAGGGUCUAGAAUAUUAACACUAUAAAGCUCAAAAGAAGAAGGAGAAGAAGAAGAAGAUGGGUGUGGAGUAUAGGUGCUGCGAAACAGGGUUUUUCAUUCGCAUAGCAAUCAUCACUUUGCUGGUGUUGUUUGCCGGGAUGAUGUCUGGGCUCACGUUGGGGCUCAUGUCAAUGAGCCUGGUCGAGCUUGAAGUUCUUAUCAAGUCUGGAACGCCCAGUGAUCGUAAACAUGCUGCGAAGAUAUUGCCCGUUGUGAGAAGACAGCAUUUACUGCUUUGCACCCUAUUAAUCUGCAAUGCUGCUGCAAUGGAGACACUUCCCAUUUUCCUGGAUAGUAUUGUCACAGCCUGGGGAGCUAUCAUUAUUUCAGUGACCUUGAUACUUGUGUUUGGUGAGAUUAUACCCCAAGCUGUUUGUACUCGAUAUGGUUUGGCAAUCGGUGCAGCCAUGGCUCCAGUUGUCCAGAUACUUGUUUGGAUUUGUUUUCCUGUUGCUUAUCCAAUAAGCAAGCUCUUAGAUCUUAUGUUGGGGAAAGACCAUGAUGCACUUUUUCGUCGAGCUGAACUGAAAACAUUAGUUGAUUUGCACGGUAACGAGGCUGGAAAAGGUGGAGAACUGACACGUGAUGAGACAACGAUCAUUGCAGGAGCACUUGAACUUACUAAGAAAACAGCAAGGGAUGCGAUGACUCCUAUAUCUGAAACUUUUGCAAUUGACGUCAAUGCCAAACUUGAUAGGGAUCUGAUGAAGCGAAUUUUGGAGAAAGGGCAUAGCAGAGUGCCAGUAUAUUAUGAGCAACUGAUAAACAUCAUUGGACUUAUAUUGGUGAAGAACUUAUUAACCAUCCAUCCAGCUGACGAGAUGCCUGUAAAGAAUGUCACUAUACGCAAGAUUCCAAGGGUCUCAGAAACAAUGCCUUUGUAUGACAUACUAAAUGAGUUUCAGAAAGGUCAUAGCCAUAUGGCUGUUGUUGUUAGAGAGCACAAUGACACAGAGCAGUCAACUACUGAAAACCCAACUGUAAGAGAUAUGAGGGUGGACAUUCAUGAUGAAAGGCCUCUCCAAGAGAAAAGUUUAAAAAGCAAGAGGCCACUCAAGCAGUGGAAGAGUCUACCAAGUGAUGGGGAUAUAAAUAGAGGAGUCUCCAAGGGCAAGAAAUGGUCAAAGGACUUGCACCCAGAAGUCCUGCAUAUCAGUGACGAGCCACUCCCGAAUUUCACCGAAGAAGGGGAAGCUAUUGGUAUUAUAACACUUGAAGAUGUCAUUGAAGAGCUCUUACAGGUAAGAGGAAUUUUGUUUUGUUUAAUUCUUUCUUAUACUCUUAAGAAGUUUACAUCCCUCUCCAUUUUGUACAUGUAGGAAGAAAUCUAUGAUGAGACAGACAACCAUGACGGGAGUUAAUAAUUUGAAAGCUUCUGUUACUACAUAGACAUACAACGUUGCUUUUUAAAGCAGAUUGAUUACUGAUCAUAGAAGAUGAACAACGACUCCAUUAGUCUCUGUAAAUGAACAACACAUAGUUGACAGGGGAACAUAAGUACCAUUUUUUCUUUUUCUUUUUUGGUGCAUAAGAGAACAUGGAUAUAUCAUAUAUAACACCUAAUAAUAUAUGACUGCAAUCAGUCGGACAACCCUUUAGAUUUGAGCAAGAUUGAGUGCUUGGGAAAAUACAUGAGGCUCCUUUCUAUUUUUCAGAGUUAUAUCCUGGUGAAUUAGAAAAGCUUCCAUAUCGGGAUUAGGAGAGGAAAAAUAUUAUGGCUUGUAUGCACAAUUAUGGAAAAUGCUUGGGUGUUGGGGGUAUUACAAGUUUACUACAAUCUUUUACAAACUCACAUGGCAGUUCACAUUUUUAUGAAAAUGAGUGUCAUGUAACAUUUAUGAAAAUAAGUGUCAUGUGGAUUAUCAUGUAGUAAUCCAAAUUUUGGUAGCUGACAUAGUAAGUGCCACAUGCAUUGCUACAUUAGUUUAUACAUGUGAUAAGUGCCACGUGCACUACCACAUGGUAGUCCACAUUUUAAUGGCUGCUGUAGCAAGUGUCACGUGAGUUGCUAUGUCGGUUUGUAAAGAACUUGUAGUAAAAAUAGUAAUACCCCUAGCAACACUCCACAAUUAUAUAGGUUAUUCUAUUCUAAUCCCAUAACUUAAGGUGAAAUGUGGCUUCCUUCCUAUUUUAGUAUGAGAACUGGUAGGCUUACAAACAAAUUUUACAAAAAAACUUUUACAACAUGAUGUAGCACAACAUACAUGAUUAGAAAUGAGAUAAAUUCAAUUUUUGAGAAACCUAAUCACAUUGUGUCACAUCACGUUGUAAAAGUUUUUUUAUCAAAUUUGUUUGUAAGCCUAGCAUUUUUCUUUUAGUAUACUACCAUCAUCACAUGAUAUGUGAAUAGCUUAUUAUAACCAUUCGCAUCCAGUUUAGUAGGGAAAAAAAAAGGAAAAAGAACAUACUCAGGCUCAGCCCGCAAUGAUAUACCAACAGUGAAUCUCAC